AUGGAUGAAAGGGGCUUUGAAUUGGCUAAAGAGGAAAAAGAAAAGAUAUUAAAGAAGCAUACAGAUUGUUCACAAUGUACCGAUGCCGAUGUCGAUGAACUACUGAAAACUGAGAAAUCAUUUCCUUUAAUAUCUGAACUGCUUUCUGCCAGUAAAACAUUUGAAGGAAAUAUACUUGCGUUUUACAGAGAACCUUUUGUAGAAAUCAAAAAAGAAAUUCUAUCUUUAAAAGACAUUUCUAAAGAACAGUGUAUGUGUUUGUUUAUACUAAACGUGUGCGGAAAUCGAUUAACAAAGGAAAACUUUGAAGAGAAAGAAGAUGACUACAAGCAUAUUGAGAGUAUUCACGAUGACAGAGAGAAUGGGGUAGUCAAUAAUGACCGAAAAAGUGAAAAGGGAAACAAUGAGAAAGACAUUGAGAAGUCCAACGACUGCAACGGGGAAAGAAUAGACAAUUAUAAAAAUGACAACAAAAAUGAUAACGAGGAUGGCAAGAACAAUAAUGAUAACUAUGAACUCGAUAAACAGAUGAUAAAUGACUUAUUGAAAGCUUUCAAGCUUCCUGAAAGCACAUCCAAAAGAACUCUCUUCGAAAGUUUAAAUCAGUUUAGAGGUCAUUACUUCGUGAAACGAAUUAAAGAUAUUUUUCAAAUCACAAAUGGUUCUUUUCUGCGAGCAUUGACUCAUAUAUUUUGUACAAGCUUUCCAGCGCAAUUCUUAAAAUACUGCCCAAGUAAUUUUUUUCGUACUUUGACAACAUCAACUGCACAGUCGGAUAUCAUUCCAAAAGUCCAAUUACAAGAUAAUUAUAUCAAUUUAUUUGUGGAUAUAAUUCAGGAAGAUAUAAAGACUGGCACAUUUUUGGAUGUUUUUCUGAGUCCUUGGAUCCGGGAUAAAAGCGUCUUGACCAAUCUGCUUUUGCGAUUCGAAUCAAUGCCAUAUGAAAAGAUGAUUGAGUUGACUCUCAACUCCAAAUUAAAUGCUCAUCUGAAGAUUGCAAAGCCCAAGGUACGAAAACAAAUGACUGGCUUUUCUCGACUGGAUUUGAUUGGACUAAGUAAGGAAGUAUCUCCAAUAAUUCUGUCACUUGUAUUAAACCUGGAUGACCUUUAUCACGCCAUGUUCACUUUGAUAAGAAAUAAUGCAAAUGGAUCUAAAUACUUGAAUAAUGCCCCUCUAAUGAGUGCAUGUUGUGUCAACGGACGAGAAGAUCUUGCUAGGCUAGUUUUAGAUAUUGCAAAUGACAGAAAAAGAUGCUGGAGUAAACGAGAAAAUAUCUACCCCAUGCACAUUGCUGCCAACUUCCUCAACACUGACAUUUUAGACCUUGCUUUAGUUGGAGAGCAUGAUGUGAACAUGACUACACGAACCAUGGAAUCACCUUUUUUCUUGGCAGCAGCAGCCGGAAAAUACGCCCUCCAAAAUAUCCCCUGGACUCUCAAGCAAGAAUUGAGCAACUCCUCUAAAACUUACGAUGAAUUGGUCGAGGAGAACCGUUUAAAGAUCCUUACUCUUCUUUGGCAGAGAGGUGCAGAUGUAAAUAUUCAUCCAGAUAAAUCAUCGUCUGCCCUUGCAUAUGCCUGUCAAAAAGGAGAUAUAGAUACAAUCCAGUUUAUGAUUAAGAGUGGUGCGAGUGUGAAAGAAACUAAUGAUGAAAACUUUGGCGCACUACAUUUUGCUUCAGAAGUAGGAAAUAUUGAAAUUGUUCAGCUGUUGUUGUGCAGUGGUGCAGAUAUCAAUAUCUGUACCUCAAAGGGUUUGACGCCGUUAUAUCUAGCAUCAUUCAAUGGACAUGCUGAUGUAGUGGAUAUGUUUCUUUCUAAAGGAACCACCCAAGUAUUGAAGGAUAAAUCAGAAUGUAAUCCAUUCUUCGUAGCCUGCAAGCAUGGUCAUGAAAGGAUUGUCGAAAUGUUUUUAGAAUAUGAUCCGUUCGUGCAUUGCAAAUUGCCUGAUAACACUUCAGCUUUAUUGGCGGCUGUUGAUAAUGGACACAAGGAAAUUGUUGAAUUGCUUCUAAAAAAAAUGGCGCUGAUGCAAAUAUUGUUCAAAACAAUAGUAAAAUAA